GAAGAAUUAUAACAUAACCUCAAAAUGUUAACGAAAGAAAUACUGAACAAAAAUAAGAUAUGUGUCAAAAUAAGCGAUAAAACGUACACGUACGGUGAAUAUUUAUUGAAAAAACAUGGAAUUGAAAAGAAUAUAGUUGAAAAUAACAUUAAUUACAAAGAAUAUUGUUUAGACGGAGUUUUUGUUCAUUAUUUAAUUAAGGAGCUUUUUUUGAGCGAUUUUUACAGAGUCAACUUUAUAUUAUACAACUUAAAAUGUGAUAAAUUUGUCGGAGGGGUGAUAUUUUUACUUAUACCAACUAAAUAUGACCUUAUAGAUUAUAAUUGGAACUUUCGCGUUUCUCGCAUGGUAAGAGAACAGUGCGAGUUGGAACAUGCUUUAUCUUGGCUGUCCACACUCGGUGGGGCUUUUUCGGCACUAGGAGAUUAUUAUUCGAAUUGUGCAGAUAUCGCUGGUAGAAUAUCUUCGCAUCAGUUAAAAUUGGCUUUUAAAUUGGGCGAUCCGAACAUUGCCGCACGAUGUAACUUGUAUUACAGCCUCAGUUUGAUACAACAGAGAAAAUUUAGGGAAGCCAAAAAAAUUGUUUUUAAUAUUUAUGAAAUGGCGAAAAAUAGGGUUUUCCAGGAUUAUAGGUUACCAAAAAUGUGCAAGGGGAUAUGGUCUAAGCUCCAGCACGAAUAUAGUUUGCAUGUUAAUAGCCAGUACAGAGAAAAAAUUAUAAAUAAAGCUGUCAAAUAUUACAAAUUUGUUUUAUUUUAA